AUGAGCAAUAGCCCGAAGCCACAGGUCGGCGCCGAUGAGCGCACGCCUCUCGUCAAUGGCAGCGGCUCGGGGACACCCGCCCAGAAUGGCAACCAUCACCACCACAUCCAUCCGGAUCGGUCGCCAGCCUAUACCUUCUUCCUCGACUCACACAAGACGCCUGGCCUCGAGAGUCCCAAUGUCACCGUCAGGAGCCUCGCAUACUCGUGGCAUAUAUUCAAGGCCACCGUCCUGAGCAAUUAUGUCAACUUCCUGCUCCCCGCCGUACCGAUCGGCAUCAUGGCCGGCAUGCUGGGCUGGGGCUCCACCGCCGUCUUCACCAUCAACUUCCUGGCCAUCAUUCCCCUCGCCGCCGUCCUCUCCUUCGCGACCGAGGAGUUCUCCCUCAAGCUGGGUCAGACCAUCGGCGGACUGCUCAACGCCACCUUUGGCAACGCCGUCGAGCUGAUUGUCAGCAUCGUCGCCCUCAAGGACGGCCAGAUCGAAGUUGUCCAGUCGUCCAUGCUCGGCUCCAUCCUGUCCAACCUCUUGCUCGUCAUGGGCAUGUGCUUCCUCUUCGGCGGUCUGAUCCACCGCGGCACCAGCGGAGAGGGAUCCGAGCAGGUCUUCUCGUCCGCCGUCGCUCAGUCCACCUGCUCGCUCAUGACUCUGUCGUCGGCUUCCCUCGUCAUCCCCGCCGCCCUCUACGGCGUGCUCAACGCGAACGGAACCGAAGAGAAGACCAAGACGAUCCUCGUCCUCUCCCGCGGCACCGCCAUCAUCCUGCUCGUCCUCUACGCCCUGUACCUCGUCUUCCAGCUGCGCACGCACAGCAACCUCUUCGAUCCUGAGUCCCAGAUCAACAAGGCCGGCGCCAACGCUGCCAAUGCCAGCCAGUCCGAGGAGGAGGAGGAGGAGGAGGAGGAACCCGAGGAGCCCAUCCUGGGCCCUGUGGCUGCCGUGGCUGUCCUGCUCGUCACGACGCUCCUCGUCUCCGUGUGCGCCGACUACCUGGUGGGCAGCAUCGACGAUAUCGUCGAGUCGGCCGGCCUCAGCAAGGCCUUCAUCGGCCUGAUCCUCAUCCCCAUUGUCGGCAACGCCGCCGAGCACGUCACCGCCGUGGUCGGAGCCGUCCGGAACAAGAUGGACCUGGCCAUGGGCGUCGCCAUCGGCUCCAGCAUCCAGAUCGCCCUCUUCAUCACCCCCUUCCUCGUCAUUGUCGGCUGGAUUAUCGGUUCGCCCAUGUCGCUCCGCUUCGAGACGUUUGAGACGGUCGCCUUUGCCGUCUCGGUCCUCGUCGUCACCUACACGGUCCAGGAUGGCAGGUCAAACUACCUCGAGGGUGCCAUGCUUCUCGGUCUCUACAUGAUCAUCGCCGUUGCCUUCUACGCCGUUCCCAACGGUGCUCUGGACAAGGAUGGCGCGUAG